UUGAAAACCAUUUCUUUAGAUUUCGCACUGUUUAGAAGAACUUCGUGGAACUGGUGGAUAUUGCUAAUGAGCAAAUUCUCUCUCUUCAUCUUUCGUUUAUUUGGUUGUUAGCUUGUUCAUCUGAUUUAUAUUCCUCUUCGAUUUUCUUUUCCAUUGCAUGUAGUGCCAGCAUGUAUGAAGGUCAAUAUAUCUUGAAAGCAGACGUGAAAGCUGAGCAUUGAUCGCUUUCUCUUCGCAUUUGUUCUUGAUUUCUUCUGUAUAUACCGUGUUAGGAAUUUUAGAGAACCUAUGUUCUCCUGCUGCCUGUCAUACUCGUUGAAGAGCUCACGGACUAAACAUGGUUUCCAUAUAAUUCACUUGAAAGAAGCUGCAGAAUGCCGUGGAAAACAGGACUUACCGGCUCUAAAACGGAAGAAGAUAAGGCUCUGCAGCUUUGUCGGGAGAGAAAAAAAUCUGUUAGGCAAGCUGUUGAUGGUUGGGGCUCCCUUGUGUAUGCACAUUUCAUGUUUGUGCAAUCAUUAAGGAACGUAGGGACAGCUCUCACAAAGUUCUUUGAAACAGAAUCUCCAAAUGGGUCUCCCUCGUAUGCCUCAAUGAGUACAACACCUGAGCCAAUCGCAUUAACCGAGAAGUCCACUUUCCAAUUUUCAUCUUCACCUCCCUCGGGGUCACACCGCUUUCAUAGCAAGGGAGCUCUUUCUCCAUCUCUAUUGCCUACUUCCUCUUCUGUUCGAGCCAGUUAUAUGAAGUUUCAAGGUAGCUGUUCUACAAAAGUUGAAGAAACACUUGCUCCGCCUGCUACACAGACAGCGACUUCAUCUUGUACUCCAGAAAAUGUUCCACAUUGUUCCUCAAAAAAACCAGAAACCUCACCAUUGAAGAAUCCCGCUGUCCCCCCUGGAAGUCCAUUGUGGGAUUUCUUUGGUCACUCCCAUCCAAUCGACCAUCAGUUUCCAUUCCUUGAAGGGAAGGGAGCGAGGCAAGGAUUGGAGAAUUCUGAUGAUGUAAGAAAAAUCAUGGAUGAAAAGGAAGUUUAUGAACCAGAAUAUGAUGAGGAGAAGGAUUCUUUUUCUAGUGCUGAAGGAUCUCUGGAUUCUGAAGAUGAGUUCAGCGUGGCUUCCGUUGAUACUCCAGUUGGCAGAUCCAAGAAUUCUAGAGAGGUGAAUGAUGAGGAUAAGCCUAGCUUAUCACCAACAAGAGCUUCGGGAAUGAAUUCCUUGAAAGGAGAAAAGGGCUACUCCCCUGAUUUAUCACCCCUGAGGAAGACAUCUCCUGUGGCCGAUCUGGAAGCUGACGCGGAGAAAAUAUCUUUCGAAGAAGAUUCUAGUGGAGCUAAAUUUCAUCCAAAGGACUUCAUUUCAAGCAUCAACGAUAUUGAACGUCUUUUCCUAAAAGCUUCAGAGUAUGGAAAAGAAGUUCCACGGAUGCUAGAAGCAAACAAACUGAACAUUCAACUAGUAUGCCCGAGGAAAGAGAAGAAAGGUGAGCCAAUUGUGCUAAAGUAUCUUCGAGCUUGUUUCUCUUGUGGGGAAGACUACCAGCAAGUUCAAGAGUCUGCUCAAACUGCAGUAAAGUAUAUAACUUGGCACGGAACUGGUUCUUCUCGUUCUGUUUCUUCUUGGAAUCCUCCGAGGCUGAAUUCGAAGGAUGAAAUAGAGGAGCUUGGUGAUAAUUUUGAUAAUUUUUGCAUGAUUUCGGGCAGUCAUGCUUCUACACUGGAUCGCCUAUAUGCAUGGGAGAGAAAGCUUUAUGAUGAAGUCAAGGCGAGUGGGAUAAUUAGGAGGAAGUAUGACUUGACGUGCAAACUUCUAACAGAACUUGAAUCAAAGGAUGCCCAAAGAAUUAGAAUUGAUAAGACCCGCGCAGAGAUCAAAGAUUUGCACUCAAGAAUCAGAGUUGCGAUUCAGAGGAUUGAUUCAAUUUCAAAGAGCAUUGAGGAAUUAAGGGACAAAGAGCUGCAACCACAACUUGAAGAGUUGGUUGAAGGGUUAAGUAGGAUGUGGGAAUUAAUGUCUGAGUGCCACGGUCUUCAGUUUACCAUAAUCUCAGAGGCAUAUAACAACAGCAAUGCCAAGAUUACCAUACAACGGCAGAAGACAGUCUAUCUUCAAAGUGAGCUGGGCUCUCUCUCUACGAGUUUUAUGAAGUGGAUUGCUGCCCAGAAAUUCUACGUGCAGGCAAUAGACGGCUGGCUUAAUAAAUGCGUCUUUCAACCAAAGCCUUCAAAACGAAAGAGAAGGGCAAAACAACUCCCAUCAAUAAGGGACUUAGGUCCCCCAAUAUAUGUGGCAUGUGGUGUCUGGUUGGAGAAGCUCGAGUCCUUGCCUACCAAGGAAGUUACAGAUUCCAUCAAGCAUUUAGCAGCUGAGGUUUCUAGCUAUUUACCACGUGAAGAAAAAAGCCAGAAAAAGAUAAGAAAAUGGCCUCAUCCAUCAUCCUCAAAUGCUGAUGAUGCGUGUGACCCAGCUCUUGAUGUAUUAUUGAACAACGAAGCUCCAGAUGAAUGGACUUCGCACUUUGAUUAUUUCCGAUUAAAAUUGAUGGACGUCCUCUAUCAGUUGAAUAAUUUUGCAAAGUUGUCGGUGGAGAAGUACGCAGAACUUGAGAAGGCCAUCCGGGAUGCAAAAAGCCACUAUGAGCACUUGAAGUCCCAAUGACAGGUUCAGGUUCUUUGUACAAAGAAUAUAGGCUCAGAAAUUGUAAAAUUCAAUUCCGGAAAUCUUUUAGACAGUUUAGAAUACUGAGUAAGGUUUGACAUUUACUAGAAGAUGAACCGCAGCAGAGAUGAAGAAAACCAUACAUUAGUCUUUCUUUAGCUUUCUCGAGCAUUUGUGACAAUGAUAGAAUCCCUGCACAAAGAUGAAUUUGGUCAAUGUACAUGUUUUACAAAAUGGAUGUAAAUAUUGGUUCAAGUUGCUUGUGGUAUGCAUCUCGCUGCAUCAUACUGGAACGGUUCUGUACAAUAUUGAUCAAUAAUUAAAGGUUAGAAUGCGUCAA